CUGGAUCCAACAUCAUGCUGUAUGGAAUAAGACUGAAACUAGAGAUUGAGACCAUAAACUUAUUAGGAAACUGUCGACUGAACUCAUAAAUAGUAUUUUUCCAUAUGACUCAAUAUCUGACUCUGACAUUUUAGGGAACAAACAACUCAACAAUUAAUUGUGGAAAGGAUCAUUAGAAGCAGCCCUAGCUGGAAAUGGACUUUUGUUGCAGCUGAGUGUGUGUGUGUGUGUGUGUGUAAAGAGGCUUUUCCACAGACCUCCAGGCAGACUGUGUGUUGGUGUGUGUUUCCGUGUGAGUGUGUGCAGCAGCAGCAACACAGACAAGACGGACAAAAAGAAAGAGGGAAAAGAGCAGCCUGCGAUCCAUAGGGCAGCAGCUGGCGUACAGACGUGCUCUUUGAAAGCGAAAACACACAGUUGAAGAAACAACACUGCUGCAGACAGUCCUGAGGCGUGUGUGUGUGUGUGUGUGUGUGUGCUGUCUGCUGUACUUUAUCUUCCACUUCUUUUUGCGCUCAGACUGGCAAAGACUAAUGAGUAGUCUUCUCUUCAGACUUAUAUUAUUGCAAACAGUCUCUCUCCGCACAAAGACUUGAGCUUGUGUAGCUGUAGAUCUAAUCAGUAUUACAUCAGCCUGCCUGUCAGGGGGGCCAGUCAGAGUGACCCACACCCUCUGAUACAGUCUUCUAAGUGGUCACAACAGAGUGGGUGGACAUCCAGAAGUUAAGUGUCAGCAUCAUUAAACGUCCUCGCUGCGGCUGUCAGGAGAACCAUCUAACCAAUCAGGAGAGGUGAGUGGCGAGGCCGGCCAAUCGGAGGGGGAGAGAUGUUGGGGCAGGACGGGCAUGCGGUCCUGGCUCUUGUGUCACUGCUGCUGCUACUGUGGCGCGAAGCAGCACCCAUCGAAGUCCCACAAGACCCAAAGAUCCUGCAAGACUUGAAGCAGCCCCCCACCAUAGUGAAGCAGUCAGUGAAGGACUACAUUGUCGACCCCAGAGAUAAUAUCAUCAUUGAGUGCGAGGCCAAGGGCAACCCAGUGCCAACGUUCUCAUGGCGGAGGAACGGGAAGUUUUUCAACAUCGGGAAGGAUCCCAGGGUGACGAUGCGAAAACGCUCAGGAACCCUGGAGAUCGGUUUCCGUAGCGGAGGACGACCAGAGGACUACGAAGGAGAGUACCAGUGUUUUGCCACCAGUGACUUAGGAGUGGCUCUGUCCAACAAAAUCCUGCUCCGGGUCUCCAAGGCUCCUUUGUGGCCUAAAGAGGUGCUGGAGCCGGUGGUGGUGACUGAAGGCUCCCCGCUGGUUCUAACCUGCAACCCCCCGCCAGGCCUGCCUCCUCCGUACACCUUCUGGAUGAACAGCGGUAUGGUUCCCAUCCCUCAGGAUAAGAGAGUUUCCAUGGGUCUGAACGGAGACCUGUACUUCUCCAACGUUUUGGCCAAAGAUGCUCACACUGACUACAGCUGCAACGCUCGCUUCCCCUUCACACACACCAUCCAGCAGAAGAACCCCUUUACACUCAGAGUUCAGACCAGUUUAAGAACGGACAGGGCAGUGGGCUGGACGGCGGUCAGUACCGUGUUUACAUCAAUGGGACCCUAGAGAUCAAACGGGCCCGAGCAGAGGAUGAGGGCACCUACACCUGCCUGGCCAACAGCAUCCUAGGAUCAGCUGAGAACCAAGUCCGCCUGGAGGUCAAAGAGCCAACUCGUAUUGUUCGAGCCCCGGAGCACCAGUCAGCCAUCAGGGGCUCCACAGCCCGCUUUAACUGUAAGGUGAAGUCUGAUCCUACCCUGCCCAUCACCGUGACCUGGACCAAGGACGACAAGCCUCUCAACAUGGGAUGGAGGCUGAGGAAAGACGAGGAGUCACUGACCAUCCCCAAUGUGAACGAGGGCGACGAGGGAGCGUACAGUUGCACUGUUAAAUCUGAGAUAGACCAGGACUCAGCCUCAGCCCGCCUCACUGUGUUAGAGGAAGCUUCCCUCAACCCCUCAGUCUCUAGUGCCUUGCCUCCAGACCGUCCAGACCCUCCGAUUGAUCUGGAUCUAUCUGACCCAGCUGCCCGCAGCAUUCGCCUCACCUGGAUCCCCGGAAAUGACCACAGAAGCCCAGUCACACAGUUCCUCGUCCAAUUCGAGGAAAACCGCUGGGAGCCAGGCAGGUGGCAGAACCUGUCCACUUACCCUGGAGACCUCAACUCAGUCAUCCUGCAGCUUGCCCCCUUCGUUAACUACCAGUUCAGGGUAAUUGCCAUCAACUCAGUGGGCCAGAGUAAGCCCAGCCGCCCCUCGCUAAGAUAUAAGACCAGCGGAGCUGCCCCAGAUGCCAUUCCCAAAGGUCUUCGAGGAUGGGGCUCCAAGAAGGACAAUAUGGAGAUUAGUUGGGAGCCUCUGCUUGAUCUGGAGAGAAAUGGCCCAAACCUGCGCUACAACGUGUGGUGGAGACGGAAGGAAUUGGAGGAGGAGUGGAAUAACGUGACCACGAUGGAGUCCAAAUAUGUUGUGCAAAACACAGAAACCUACGUGCCUUAUGAGAUCAAAAUCCAGGCCAUGAAUGAGUUUGGACCGGGACCUGAGUCCAAUGUGGUCACCGGAUACUCUGGAGAGGACAAGCCCACUGACGCUCCCACUGACCUGCAAAUGUCAAAGGUCGAUGACACCACGGCACACAUCCACUGGAAACCUGUGGACUUGAACUCUGUCCAGGGAGAGUUCAAGGAGUACAGACUGUACUACUGGCGCGAGUCCAGUCUGGUUCCAGGCUUGGUGGUCAGCAAGGAGAAAAAGACUAAGGGUUUCUACAGCACUGUGGCCGGGCCAUCUGGCAUUCUCAGCGAACUGGUGCCCUACUCCAAAUACAAGAUGUUUAUGGUUGUGGCCAACAACCGCUUUGAGGGUCCACCCAGCAACACAGUGGAAUUCACCACCAAGGAGGGAGUUCCAGACGCUCCGAGGUUCUUCAGGAUAAACCGCAGAAGUUUCGACACCAUCCACCUAGAAUGGGACAAACCUCUGGAGCCCAACGGCAUUUUGAUUGCAUACCAGUUAAAGUACCAAACAGUCAAUGGCUCCAGGGUGGGACAUACCCAGUUGGAGACGUUCUAUCCCAAUGUGACAGAUUUCACCCUCCGCCUGCCGGACCGAUCUACGCGCUACAAGUUCUUCCUGUCAGCACGCACCAUGGUGGGAGCAGGGGAGGUCUAUGCUGAGGAGUCCCCGCACUUCGCUAAUGAAGAAAACUUUACUGAUGCUACAGGUCUAGUCGAGCUUACCGAUGCAUCCGUGACUUCAGCUUUCACUCCUACUCCUCCUCCUCUCGCUUCUCUUCCUCCUACUACCAUCGCUCCUACAACCAUUAGUACCUCAGCUUCUACCACUCCUACAACUACGACUUCUCCUCCUACUACUACUACUACUACUACUACUACUACUCCUACCACCACUACAACUGAGGCGACCACUACCACCACACCUCCUGUGCUGGUCACCACCAAGCAUACCGAUCAGAAUGUGUUGGUGGUCCCUGGGCGGGAGAUCUGGAAUCUGACGGUGGAGCCUAACAGUAACUACGCUAACGUCAGCUGGAGACACAACUUCCCGGCCGGCAGCAGCGAGUUUGUGCUAGAGUUCACACUGGACAGCGACAAGACGGUGAAAGUUGUACCGGUGAAACAACAGCCCCCCAUUACAGUGGCGGAUCUGAUCGCAGGCGCCAAGUACCAUCUGAGGGUUUACUCCCAUGAGCUCAACAGCGUCAGCAGCAAAUCUGUCACCUUUAAGACCAAAGCAGCCUAUAUAGACCAGGUAGACAUAGCCACUCAAGGCUGGUUCAUUGGCUUGAUGUGUGCCAUCGCCCUCAUCAUACUGAUCCUCCUCAUCGUCUGCUUCAUCAAGAGGAGUCGCGGGGGCAAGUACCCAG